AUGCAAGAGUGUAACCGAGACUGGAUUGCUUGUAUUGAAGUUGUUGCUAUUGUCAAUGUGGGUACCUUCCCAAGUAUACGUUUGCCUCAUUCAACUUAUAAUCUUUGCCCAAGUAUGAUGUGUGAGAAGCGUCAAUGGGGAAAUGUGGUCCGUUUCAGCUCCCAAAAGGGCCAUGGGCGCCACCCUUUAAAGUCUUCUUUAACAGAGAGAGUGUCAGAACUAGAGAUUUCACCAAAUGAACUCCACAUCUACACAUCGGUCUCCGAGAAAGAUGACUACAUCACCGGAGCUUCGGCGGCACCAGAAACCACAGCAUCAACCUACAAGAAGUGGAUAGCAGAAAAUAAUAUGGUCAUGUCCUGGCUAGUCAACUCUAUGACCCCUGACAUUGGUGAAAAUUUUCUGUCAUUUGAUACUGCCAAAGAAAUCUGGGACAUUGCAAAAGAAACUUUCUCAGACAAGAAAAACACAUCUGAAAUCAUCCAGAUUGAAGGCAUCCUCCACGAUUUGCGUCAAGGAAACCUUACGAUUGUCGAAGGGAAACGUGUGUUUAAAUUUUUGUUAGGUUUGAACAAAAAUCUUGAUGAAAUCAGAGGAAGAAUCAUGGGAGUAAAACCUCUACCUAGCCUCAGAGAGGCAUUCUCUGAAGUGCGUCAUGAAGAAAGUCGGAAAAAUCUCAUGAUGGGAUCCCAUCAACAACUGAAUAUGGCAGAAAGCUCGGCUCUUAAGACUCAAUUCGCUCCUUUUGACAACCGUCAAAAAAUUAAAGGAGGUAGACCUUGGUGUGAUCAUUGCAGAAAGCCGGGACACUCAAGAGAAACUUGCUGGAAGAUUCAUGGAAAGCCAGUAGAUUGGAAGCCACGUCAACCACUUGAGAAAGAAGGACGAGGCAAUCAUGUGGCUACCGAUGAACAAUCGCCACAACCUGAAGCUAGCCCUUUUAAUAAGGAGCAAAUGGAGAUGCUUCAGAAACUACUGUCUCCUCUUUUGUCAGUACAGUCACAAACUAGCUCAUCUUCCAACCAGCUCAUUGGUUCCGGAACCUUGGCUCACAAAGGAUUUGGAUUCGGGGAAGACGAUUGGCAAUGCUGAGGAAUGCUCUGGACUCUACAUCCUUAAGGAGCUCCAUGAUCCACAAGAACAACCUCAAAUGGCAGUUGGUAGUAAUUCUUUUUCGGUUUCAUGUCAAAAUAACGAUAGUGCAAUUAUGUUGUGGCACUAUCGCUUAGGUCAUCCAAAUGUUAUGUAUCUCAAGCAUUUAUUUCCUUCAUUAUUUCAUAAAAAUCCAAAAUCCUUUGAGUGCGAAAUCUGUCAAUUAUCAAAGCAAGUCCGGUCUCAUUUUCCCAUUCAACCCUAUAAAGAGUCUAGUCCAUUCUCAAUGAUUCAUAGCGAUAUCUGGGGUCCGUCAAGAAUAAAAGAUGUAACUGGUACUAGGUGGUUUGUCUCAUUCAUAGAUGAUCACACUAGAUUAACUUGGGUAUUCCUCAUGAAAGAAAAAUCUGAAACGAGUCAAAUUUUCAAAAAUUUUAAAAAUAUGAUUCAGACCCAAUUCCAGUCAAAAAUACAAAUUCUAAAGUCUGAUAAUGCUAGGGAUUAUUUCAACUCCAUUCUAGGAGAAUUUCUAGCACAAGAAGGGAUAGUUCACUUAAGUUCAUGUGUUGAUACCCCACAACAAAACGGAAUCGCUGAAAGGAAAAAUAGGCAUUUGUUAGAGGUGGCUAGAUCACUAAUGUUCUCCAUGAAUGUUCCAAAAUUAUUCUGGGGGCAAGCUGUCCUUACGGCAGCCUACCUCAUCAAUAGGAUGUCGUCUAGGGUACUAAAAUUCCAAACACCUUGUCAAACACUCCUAAAAUCCUUUCCGACUACUCGUCUCAUCUCCACCGUCCCACCCAAAAUUUUCGGGUGCUCUGUUUUUGUUCAUAUCAAUCAACAACAUCGAAGUAAACUUGAUCCUAGGUCACUCAAGUGCAUCUUUCUUGGGUAUUCUUCAAAUCAAAAAGGGUAUAAGUGUUACUCUCCGGUCACAAGAAAAUUCUACAAUUCAAUGGAUGUCACAUUUUUUGAAACCCAGCCUUACUAUCCCAAAAACGAUAUU